AUGGAAUCAUAAUAAUAAAUGUCUGAUUUAUAUAAAAUUAAUAAAAAAAUAUCACAAGGUGCAUUUGGAACAGUUUAUGAGGGUAUUAAUUUAAAAACAGGAGAAAUAAUAGCUAUAAAACAAUUGUUUUGUAAUAAAAAAGUAUUACGAGAAGUUCAUCUACAUGAAAAGAUGAAUCAUAAAAAUGUUAUUAAAGUGUAUUAAUAUCAAGUUCUUGAUUAAGAAUGUUCUAUAUAUAUGGAAUAUUGUUAAUAUGAUUUACAUUAAUUCAUAUAAAGUACUCUCUAUCCAUUAGAUGGAGAAAUCAUAAGAAAUAUUGCAUAUCAAAUUCUAUGUGGUAUAGAACAUAUUCAUUCGCGAUAAGUUGUUCAUAGAGAUCUUAAACCAUCUAAUAUAAUGCUUCAUGAUGGAAUCAUUAAGAUUGGUGAUUUUGGAUCUGCUGAACAUUUAAGUAAAUUAGAUUAAAAUGGAUAAUAUUCAACUGAAGGAUUUUCUAAAUGGUAUAUGGCACCAGAAAUGUUAUUUGGAAAAAGAGAUUAUGGAACUGAAGUUGAUAUAUGGUCUUUUGGUUGUAUCUAUGCUGAAUUACUUACAGGACUACCAUUAUUUACAGGCAAAGGUGAAAUUGAUUAAAUCAUUCAUAUUGGUAAUAUCUUAGGUUCACCUACUGAAGAUAAUUGGCCAAAAGUUAAAGAAUUACCUGAUUAGGGAAAGAUCAAGUACUUACUUUCUUUAUUUCAGCUUUCAACAUGUCAAACCUAAAUCUUUUUUUGAACAUUUUGAUUUAGCUGAUGAUGAUUAGAUCAAUUUCUUACAAGCUACUUUAAAAUAUUAGGAUCGUCUUACUGCCUCUGAAUUAUUGAAACAUAAAUAUUUCAAUAAGAUUAAUGAACAUUUCAAAAUCAAUGUAGAAUGCCUUCCUAAAGAAUAAUAUAAUCCUUAUUAUAAAUAUAUUUGA